GCCUGGCUGAUUCAACGUUCCAUGAGAACCCUUCACUUUCUACUCUUUAAUGGCUAUGCUUAGGUGGGACGGAGCAUAUUCCGCCGCCUUCGCUGUUCUCCCUCGCUCUCCCGUUCGAUUGCCUAACCUUUUGCGCUUCGCAUCUCUCCAUCCAUUUCUUUUUUGUGCCUUCACAUCGAGGACUUCGAAGUCCGAGUGACGCCCGCGGGCUAGUAGAUGAGCUGCCUGAUGUCGCCCGAACGAUGGAUCAGGAUUCGACCAACGGCGGGCCACCGCCCGCUGCGGGCUCCCUCCACCUCUUCGCCGACAACCUCAAUGGCUUCCUCCUCGCCGUCGCCUUCAUCGGCGCCGGCUUCAUCGUCAAGAAGCAGGGCCUCAGGCGCGCCGGUGCGUCCGGCUCUCGCGCCGGCGUAGGUGGGUACGGAUAUCUGUUGAAGCCUCUCUGGAGGAUCGGAAUGGUCACAAUGAUCUUUGGUGAAAUUGCCAACUUUAUGGCCUACAUAUUUGCCCCAGCUGUUCUGGUAACUCCGUUGGGUGCUUUGUGUCUCAUUGUGUGGUGGGAUGUGCGAAAUUUAAAAGCUUGCAUUGGUCACAGAUUUAAAAGCUUGCAUUGUUCUGGUCCGAUUGAGGAUUGGUACGUGGACCACCCUCUACUAGACGAUACUAUAACCUGCCCCUGCAUCAGGCAAUACGGGGUUUCGAUUGUAAACGAUCACAUAUCAUCGGUGAUGAGUAUUAAGGCCAUAGGAAUUGCAAUUAAGCUCAUAUUGGAGGGAAUCAACCAUGCUGCAUUAGAUACUUUCAGUACUGCAGUUGUUUCUCCUGUCUACUAUGCCAUGUUCAGAAUUCUUACUAUAUUCACAGGUGCCAUCAUGUUCAAGGAUUGGUCUGGGCAGAGUGCAAGUGAUAUUGCAUCAGAGAUUUGUGGGCUUAUUACAGUAAUAUCUGGGACUACAUUGUUGCAUUCUACCAGUGAGGCAGAUCCACCUACUUCAGAUUUAUAUGCACAGCUCUCUCCCAAGAUGUUUUGGCACAUCCAAGGGAAUGGUGAGAUGGGAAAGCUCGAGGACAAUGAUAUGUCGUCCGGGGAGUUUGUUGCAGUCCUUCGACAGUCCGAGGAUUAUGUCACGUUAGUCUAUCGGCUCACGCGCCGCAUGAUGGAUCCUGAGUUUUCGCCUAAUCAUGCGAUGCAGGUGUAUGUCGGACUCAACUUCAUGAUCGAUGGUUGAAGAUGGAGAACCACAAGUUUUGUACUAGGCAGCAGCUUAGGAUUGCUGAUGGUGGCUUCCAUUUCAUGUAGUCUGGAUGCGGAUAAGUUCAGCUAUGUAUGUUAUGCAUAAAUUUUCAUUUAGUUGUUAAUAGCUGAGUUAUA